GACAACCCAUUUUUAGUACCCAAAUUUACAGCAGUUUCUCUUGGGCAUUCGGCGGCAUCUAGUUUGUUCGUGGUAGGAGCAAUCGAUUCCCAGUUAUUAGAAAUCGAUAGCAAAUGGACAACAUAGUAGAUUCCUUAAACAACGCCUACCAAGAAUUCGUUGCUUCGGCAGCUAAUGUUCUGGAAACUAAGGAAUCUUCGGCUACUCAAAAGACGGCUGCCACUGAUGCUGCUUUGGAGAAUUUAAAGAAGAAAUGGGAAUUAUUCAGAGUUUCUUGUGAUCAAGCUGAGGAGUUCGUUGAGUCCAUCAAACAAAGGAUUGGAUCCGAGUGCCUCGUCGACGAGGCCACUGGCUCAAUGGCUGGGAAGUCCGGCCAGCAGUCGACCGGCCUUCCUCCCAUAAGUGCUGUUCGUUUGGAGCAGAUGAGUAAAGCUGUCCGGUGGCUUGUCAUUGAGUUGCAGCAUGGUUCGGGAAAUGCGGGUGGCGCUGCAGCUCAUGCCCACCCGUCGGCUCCUUUCGAUGCUAGAUUCCCGGAAGAUGGUGCUCAGUAGGUAUCAAUUAUUGUUUCUACUCUGGAACUCCAACAAGUGGCUUUGGAUGCUUGAUACAUAUUGAUUUUAUAAUACAAUUCCAUUCUUGUUUCAUUUGUUCACCUUGAGUUGAAAUGUAUGGUAAGUAUUUGAUGUU